GAUAAUCCAUUUUAUUGAUAUGAAAUUAAAAGCAUAUCAGAAUCAUCCGACCGUUCGUUAAGAUACAUCGAUUCUUCUCUCUUCCAAUUCAUUCGCUCUCUGAUCAUUACAAGAGAAAUUAAUCAAUCAUCACCGAAUCAUCUGCUGAUUUACUUACAGAUAAACACAACUUCAUCUGGAUUUAUAAACCCUAGUUCUGCGAUUUUCUUGGAUGAAAUCAAUCCAAUGCAUUGGUGUUGCAGCAAGAGAUUGAAUCAUAAUCAUUGUAGUAUAAACAGCAACGAAUCUCAUCAAUCUGGUUUUGGUUCUGAUUAUGAUGAAACCCAUUCGGGGGAAGUUAUUAUUUGCCCUCGACAAUAUCAAUCGAAGAGAGACUUCGUCGUCGUCGGUGGUUUUAGGGCUUUUUUGAUAGAGAAAAAAAAAUAAUAAUUAGGGGAUCAUUAUGCAGCUACACUUCUCACCUAGUAUGAGAAGUAUAACGAUAUCGAGCAGCAAUGGAUUUAUUAAAUUGAUGAAGAUCAAGGUCGCAGCUCGUCAUAUUUCAUACCGUACUCUGUUUCAUACCAUCCUCAUUCUCGCGUUCUUGUUGCCAUUCGUUUUCAUCCUCACUGCCAUUGUUACCCUUGAAGGUGUCAACAAGUGCUCCUCAAUUGAUUGUUUAGGAAGGCGUUUGGGACCAAAGCUUCUUAGGAGGGGUGAUGAUUCAGGGAAGCUUGUUAGUGAACUUUACAAUCUUCUUAAUCAAGUGAACUCUGUAGAAGUCCAAGAUGAUGUAAAACUCCCUGAUAACUUCACACAUCUUGUCACAGAAAUGAAAAGCAACAAAUAUGAUGCAAAAGAAUUUGCUGUUAUAUUGAAACAAAUGAUGGAAAGAUCCGAAAAGGAGAUUAAAGAAUCAAAAUUUUCAGAAGUAAUGAACAAACACAUUGCAGCAAGUUCAAUCCCAAAAUCUCUCCACUGUCUUUCCCUCCGUUUAACCGAUGAAUAUUCCUCCAACGCCCAUGCAAGGCGGCAGUUACCCUCACCGGACCUCCUCCCGCUCCUCUCCUCCACCUCCCACCACCACUUUAUUCUCUCAACCGACAACAUCCUGGCGGCAUCAGUGGUGGUCAACUCUGCCAUCCAGUCAUCUUCUUCACCUGAAAAAAUCGUCUUUCAUGUCAUCACUGAUAAGAAAACAUAUGCAGGAAUGCAUUCAUGGUUUGCUUUGAAUUCUCCAUCUCCUGCCAUUGUUGAAGUCAAGGGUGUUCAUCAGUUUGACUUUUUGACCAGAGACAAUGUUCCUGUUAUUGAAGCUGUGGAGAGUGAUGAUGGGGUUAGGGGUUAUUAUCAUAAUGGGAAUCAUGUUUCAAGGGAGGAGUUUAGGGGUAAUUUGGGGAUUUCACCGAGGGUAUUUGCGUCCAAGUUGCAGGCGAGAAGUCCGAAGUAUAUUUCGGUGUUGAAUCAUCUUCGCAUUUAUUUGCCAGAGCUGUUCCCAACCCUUGAAAAAGUGGUGUUUUUAGACGAUGACAUUGUGAUACAACGUGACUUAUCUCCACUUUGGGAUGUUGACCUUGGUGGAAAAGUCAACGGAGCAGUUGAAACAUGUAAAGGUGAAGACACAUGGGUCAUGUCUAAACGCUUUAAAAACUACUUCAACUUUUCUCACCCAUUAAUCUCAAAACACUUAGACCCUCAAGAAUGCGCAUGGGCUUAUGGGAUGAAUAUUUUUGACUUAAAAACAUGGAGAACCACUAAUAUUAAACAAACCUACCACACUUGGUUAAAACAGAAUUUGAAGUCGAAUUUGACAUUAUGGAGACUUGGGACACUUCCUCCAGCUUUAAUUGCGUUUAGAGGUCAUGUUCAUGGGAUUGACCAAUCAUGGCAUAUGUUGGGGUUAGGCUACCAAAACAAAACUAACAUUGAAAAUGUAAAAAAAGCGGCUGUGAUCCACUACAAUGGUCAAUCUAAACCAUGGUUAGAAAUAGGAUUCGGACAUCUUCGCCCUUUUUGGUCUAAAUACGUUAACUACUCCAAUGAUUUUGUCAAGAGUUGUCAUAUCUUGGAGUAGGAGUAUUUUUGUCGAUAUUUUAGAAGAGAAGAGAACCAAAUUUGAGUAUAUAGAGAUUUUUUUUUUUUUGGGUAUGUAACAAAUCGAUUUGAGUACAUUUGUAUGAUUUUUGAGAUUAACGUUUACAAUGUGUAGUAAAUUCUUUUUGAUCAAUUGAAAACGUAUCUUGAUUUC